GUAGGUGGUACUCCCUCCCUCCCUCCCUCCCUCCCUCCCUCCCUCCCUCCCGCGCUGUUGACUUGUUCUGUCUUCCGGUUUUGGCGGGCACUGUCGUCGCCGGCGAACUGCCGCGGCGAUGGCUGCCGCCGUCGGCUUGCAUACUGUGCCGGUCGUUGGGAGUGGGGGAGGGGGUGGUGGAGGAGGAGGAGGAGGAGGAGGAGGAGGAGGGGGUUCGACAGCCCCACCUCAACGGCCGCUGGCGGUGACGAAAGGUUACAGCUUUGCAUCGGCAUGGGAACAGAAUGCGCCGCUUUCGGAGGAGCAGUUGAACACUAUAUCCUUGCUGGCACACGUGGCCUCUGAGAGGCCGUUGCCCAGCCACGUGGCGCGAUUAGACCUAACGAUGUCGGGACAAGAGGCGCCCGCCAGUGCGGAGAGGUCGAGUUCGGCAGUUUCCGCCGCCGCCGCGCCAUCGUCCUCCCCCUCUGCUCUCUCGACGGCGCAAGCGCAAGAUUCCACGCAUCCUCCUCCUCAUCGCCUCCCUCCAUUGCACAACAGCCACCAGUUUUACAAGUGGCAUGGCGAGCUGGAAGCGGCUAUGAAAUCGGAAACCGACGAGAAGUAUAGACACUACUUGGACAACUUGUCCUCUCAUCUGCUCACCUGUGAUGAGAUCAUGAAGCUGAUUGACGGCACUCUAGGGCUUUUCGACGAUCUGCAGGCGCAGCACCGUGCGGUGGCAGUCAAGACGAAGACUCUGCACGACGCUUGUGAUCGACUGGUCACGGAGAAGGAGAGACUUAUCGAGUACGCUAAUGCGCUCAGGAGCAAGCUUGAUUACUUCGACGAAUUAGAGAAAAUAGCGACCCAGUUCCACUCCCCUACGAUGGCUGUUGGGAACAACAGCCAGUUCAUUCCGUUGCUCAAGCGGCUCGAUGAGUGCAUCACUUACGUGGAGGGUAAUCUCCAAUACGCGGAUGCCAACGUGUACUUAGUCAAAUUCCGGCAAUUGCACUCAAGGGCGAUCGGGAUGAUAAGGACGCACGUGCUGUCGGUUUUGCGCCACGCGUCAGCGCAGGUUCAAAGUGCGAUACGAGAAAGUGGCGGCGGCGGCGGCGGAACAGCAGGAGGGGGAGGAAGCGGCGGCGGCGGCGGCGGCGGCGCAGCAGGAGGGGGAGGCGGCGGAGGCGCGGGAGUUGUUGCGGAGGGUGCGGAAACGUCCCUUCUUUACGUGCGCUUUAAAGCUGCGGCGUCGGACCUCAAGUCCUUGAUGGCGGAGUUGGAGGCAAGAUCUGGUAGAAAGGAAUACAGCCGUCUUUUGGCAGACUGUCAGUCUUUGUAUUGCGAUCAACGGCUCUCUCUCGUCUUGAAAGUAGUUCAGCAUCGGAUAUCAGAGUACGCUAGGACUCAGCCUCUCGCUACCCUCGCUCGUUCUGGGUUGGCCUACCUUAUGCAGGUGUGCCAAUUAGAGCAUCAGUUGUUCGAUCAUUUCUUUCCUAAUUCGGCAACAGAUUCGAUCAAUCUGGCGCCAUUGAUCGAGCCGUUAUGUACGGUCCUGUACGAUCGACUGCGGCCGCGACUGGUGCAGGAGACGGAUCUCGACCUGCUGUGCGAAUUAGUGGAUAUUCUCAAGGUGGAAGUUCUGGAGGAGCAAAUGGGAAGGAGAGGGGAGGCGGUGGGGGGGCUGCGCCCGACUGUUCGGCGAACCCUUGCGGACGUGCAAGAAAGGCUCAUCUUUCGCGCGCAAACGUACAUGCGUGAUGAGAUUGCUAAUUACUCCAUCACCCCAGACGACGUGGACUACCCAGACAAGCUGAUUCGAGCAGCAGGUGGUGCUGCUGCUGAUCGACAGGCGGCGGCAGGCUCUGGUGGUGAUGGAUAUCUCGACGACGAUUUUCUGUCUUCAUUAGGAGAAGAACGAGGAGGAGGAGGCGGAGGGGAUGCUUCGGCAUCCUCCCCUUGGUUUCCUCCUUUGGAAAGAACCAUCUCCUGCCUAUCGAAAUUGUACCGCUGCGUUGAACCCACAAUUUUUACCGCUCUCGCUCAAGAAGCCAUUGCCACGUGUCACUCGUCCGUACAGCUUGGCAGUCGUAUGAUCUCCCGCACUUCUUCCGUCAUGGAUGGUCAGCUGUUCCUCAUCAAGCAUUUGUUACUGCUUGGCGAACAGAUUGCGCCCUUCGAUAUGGAGUUUCAGGCCACACACAAGGAACUCGACUUCUCCCAGAUGCUUGAUUACCUCCGACGAAUUAUGAGGGGUCAAGCCUCUCUCUUCACGUUGACGGCGAACAACGCUUUUCUGCGAUUAAUUAAUCAGGGCGCGCCACGUGUGCUAGAGAGUCACGUGGAUUCCAAGAAGGAACUCGAGAAGACGCUGAAAGCAACAUGCGAGCAGCUGAUCAUGUCCUUGACAAAGAUGACCGUCGAACCUUUCCUCUCAUUUAUCACGAAGGUAGAAGCAAGUAAGGCUGCCGCCUCUUCUUCUUCUUCUUCUUCUCCUUCUUCUUCUUCUGCUUCUUCCUACUUGGGAAUCGAUCUCGGGUCGGCAGUGGAGGGAAUCGGAGGAGGAGGAGGAGGGAAAGCGCUGAGGGAGCAAGCUUUUGCAUCGCCGGAGAGGGUAGCAGAGAUGGUGGCCACAGUCAACGAUGCCAUCGCGAAAGACCUUCCUGAGGCCGUUGACAAGAUGAGACUCUACUUGCUCAACUCAAGCACGUUGAGCAUUUUGUUCAAGCCAAUCAAGAGUAAUAUCCUCGAAGCUCAUGGGAGGGUUCUCGCAGUGAUCGAGUCAGAAUACGGCCAAGAGGACAUAGCUUCCUUCGGGAUGAAAUCCAUACUGGUGAUUGAAUGUCGUCUUCAUUGGAGCAGUUCGCACUUUGCGGUCACCCUUUGCGGUCACCUUACAGUAUUGUGCUGGUGCUCGGCGACAUCGAUUACAUCAGGGCAAGAGGCGAAAAGGGUGUGUGCGCAGGUGCUUGUGUGCCCUGUUGCGAGAGAGCAAUGGAGAGGAGGAGGGGAAGGGCAGUUGAAUCUUGCACUUGUUUCUGCGGUACCCUCUUGCGUUGAAAUAAAUGCUUUUGACAUCCUCGAAGAUUGUGCAAGAAUGCCGAGUUUGCUGCACAGAAGUCGCUGCAACCCAUUGUGUGCUUUUGCGAUCAGCUCGGAGGCUCAGGUGUCAGGAGUAAAGAACCAUAGCAGCCAGGCCAGCUGCAGGUUGUCGCGGGUGUAGUUUACAUGCGCCGUGGGCUUUUUACUUGGAAACCUGUUUGUGAAGGCAAACAGAGAGAGUCAGGCAGGCAAGCAAGCUGGCAGGCUGGCAAUAGUGGGCAGGCUGGCAAUGUUGCAGGUAAGCAGGGAAAACAAGCUGUGGCUCGUAUGGUGGCCGGCAAAACUUUCACGGCAUACUCGCACUAGCACUAUCUAUCCUAAAUGUAUAUGACCGCAAUUACAGCCAAACCUGGAUGAAUCUGGCUGCAAUCAUGUCCAUCAGAGCUUAGUAGAAAAAAUCUUUAGUCUCAGUAUGGCCUCAAGCCGGUGAGUAUCUCCCUGUUAUUGAUGAUCUGCAGAAGAUUGUGGUCCGACACCCGACCGACUUGCUCAACUCUUUCGCAAAUUGCAUGUGUACAGAACUUUUGAAAACAACAAUCCUGCGGGUGGCAGAGAUUAUGGCAGAGAAUAUGGCAGAGAAUAUGACAGAGAAUAUGGCAGAGAAUUAUGGAAGUCGGGCAGGGAUGUCGGCGGGCAGAACCUUUGGAAUUGACAGUCUGAAAGCGCCUAUUGUUUGUUUGUUUGUGGUUUAUUAUCGAAGUGAGAGCGCCUUGCUGCACCACUCACCAAAUGUGCAAAGUAGUUAUGAAUCUUCCGCUGGAACAUGGAAAGGUAUACACCGCCAUAAUUGUUGUCUUUUGUGCGUUCGGUGAGUGCUGCGGCGAGGCCCUAAGAGCGCAAACUUGUAUAACUCCUGCCAGCUCUCGCUCUGGCAAUUCCAUUUGGGCACAUUCGUGCUUGUAAAGGCAGAGAGUCUGGCCAGCUGUAGGUGGGAAGGGAUCCCUCUGCAGUGAUCCCUUGUUUGUGACUUCGUAACUUUUUUGUUAUUGAAACCACCACUUGUUCCCCGCCUCUUUCUCCCAAUAUGCUGAUUUUUUUGCCCGGCGCCAAGACAUCCGACGCUUCGCGGCGUGCGAUUUGCCUGUGGCCGUGGCCAGCCUUUUUUUGUGACGGCUACUCUGGCACUUCACUUUUCACGGCCUUCGUGUUAACCGGCAGGCGCUUUUUCGCAAGUCCGGAUGACAAUUGGUUGCUUGAACACAGAGUAUACCACGUGUAACUGCUGGGAGAGUUUUUUUUUUUUUUUUUUUUUUUGGUCGGUUCUUGGAAUGAGGAUUAACGAACUCGAUUAUGUAGUGGUGCUGGCAGGUCCGUGGCGAUAUUCUUGCAUGGAAAGUGGUCGGGGCCAGCUGUGCUCUCUUGCAUGGAAAGUGUUCGGGGCCAGCUGUGCUCAGAGGGGAAAGAACCUUUGACAGCGACUCUGUCGGACUAGCUUGCUGGCCAUUGUUCAAAGUGAGCACCCGUUUGUGGGUACACAGACAUUUUGAGUUUUUGGGUGUCCACUGUCCAAAGUCUUCGGUCUUGCUUAACAAGUCGCUAUAUUUGGAGGCUGUCGGCAAUCAAUCGCUUCAAGGCGAUUGUGCGAGCGGAGUAUAACCGCACACUGUAGAAGUCAACCACCUCGAAUGUUCCAGAAGCUUCGGGCAUCUAUUGGCAUCCCGCUUCUCUUGACACCGCCCGGUCUCCAAUAAGUGAUCCAGACAAGAGGAGGAUGAAGGAAUGCUGCAAUCCGUACCAAGUACAAGCAAGCUCGUUUAUCAGCCUGAUGAAAUUAGGGAUUGUGAUUCAUAUGGCUCUGCUAUUUCGUGCGGAUGGAAGUGCAAUAACAUACUUGCAAUAAUGAAGCUGACGACUACUUGUGCAUCUGCUGCAACAAACUAGUUGAUGAUAGAACCAGUGGAUGUCAGACUUCAUCCACUAAUCAGCGAUUCACUUCUGAUCUCUGUGAUAGUGGCACACAAGCAUGGGCAGAUGUGACAGCAAGUGACGAGACGAAUGCUACCUCUGUG